UCAUCCCUUGGUGUCACCUCCUAAACAGGAGGUCACUGCUCAUUCCUGGAUUUCCUCUCACUUCCAACUGGUGUGGAGAAGGUAAACGAGGUGCGUUUGGCAGUGUGUCGUUCUUCUCAGCCAUGCCAAGGACAGUGUGUGUUUUUACCUUGGACUGAACCACUGGGGGAUCGUUCCCCAGAAGCAUGGCAGUUGCUAUGAAUAUAGCCUAAUCCAAAAAAGCUUCCCCGCUCUUCUUAAAUCUCAAUUGUGAAAAUAUACAUUUUUUGGAGCGGCAGUAUUAUUUGCCAAGCAAAAGACAAGCCAAUAUUCUUGACACAGUAUUUGCUUGCCAAGGAUUGCAGACUGACUGAGAAACGGAAAAACAACCUCUAACCACCACAACAACAACAUUGACACAACAGCCAACAUGGCCGUCCGUCCUGUCCUGGUCUGUCUGGCCCUCAGCCUCCUGCUGGGCCUCACGUCUCUGGGCCAGAACUCUGGGGGCACGUGGGCGAACGCUCAGGACACAAACCAGACGGCAGCGCCCUCUAUCUCCCCGGAGGUGACGCUGGCCACACCUGGCGCCGCCGACGUGGAGGACCAGACCAUACCCUCGCUAGGCAGCCGUUGCCGAGGUUACUACGACGUGAUGGGCCAGUGGGACCCGCCCUUCAACUGCAACGCCGGCAUCUACAUGUUCUGCUGCGGCUCCUGCUUCUACCGCUUCUGCUGCCAGUUCAAAGUUCACAGCCUGGAUCAGAUGGCGUGCUCCAACUACGACACGCCCGUCUGGGCCAACACCGGCAAGCCCGUCGCGCCCGUCACCGAGGUUCAGGAGGAGCCGGACCGGGAUCGCACCCACAUGAUCGUGUACAUCAUCUGUGGGGUGGUGGCCAUCAUGGUGCUGGUGGGAAUCUUCACCAAGCUGGGCCUGGAGAAGAGCCAAGGGCGCCAGACCGACAUGACCAACUCCAGGACCCUGACGGAGCUGUUGAAGCAACCGGGCGAGGCAGGGGGGGUGGACGGGACCGGGGGUCACCACCCCAUCGGGAGCAAUGGCAUCUCAGGACGCUGCCUGCGCAGCAACAAUGACCACAGCCACCUGAACAAUGCUGCGCUGUCACCUCUGGGCCCAGCGAUGGCGCUGUCCCACCCUCACAACAACCUGGGGCUGGGCUUUAACAAGUACACUUCCCUCAAGGCAGUGGACACAGCAGCCAGAGAUUACUAUAAAAGCUACCCGAUGGUGGACUACACCCACCGCCAGUCACCGCCCACCUUCCAGCCAAUCGCUUUCCACCCCAAGGACAAGCCCUUCCUCCCUCCCCCGGACAUCCACGCCCCAUUGGCCAUCACCAUCAACGCCGGCCAGAUACCCAAGCCUAAGAUCUCCAAGACCAACACCCACCCACUCACCUCCAGUUCGGCCUUCAAAGCCUGGGACCCCAGUAAGAGCCACAUCCAGCAUCCGACUGCCCACAUCCUGCCUUCCCAGCAGCAGCAGCAGCAGCAGCACCACCAGCACCACCAGCAGCACCAGCAGCACCAGCAGCACCAACAGCACCAACAGCACCAACAGCAUCAACAGCAUCAACAGCAUCAACAGCACCAACAGCACCAACAGCACCAACAGCUCCACCAACAGAACAGCCGGCGCCAGGCCUACUCCAACAAGCGGCAGUUCAGCAUCGAGACGCUGCCUGAGCUCUUCUCCCAGCCGCUUGGGUACGGACACUCCCCCCACAUGCACCCCAAACACAAGGGGCUGCCCACCAACAGCAAGACGGAGGUGACAGUCUGAGCCGUUCCGGAGAGAGACGAAGAGGAGAGCGAGGGAGAGAGGGCUGCCUCGGGCUGCCAUCUUUUAUACCAAUCAUCCAUGCUGAUGGCUAAGGGGAUAUGGAAAACUUCAGCGAUCUCCCGCUGGUUUUCAUUCCCCGGUUUUCUUUGUGUGUUUCGUUGUUGAUCGUGUCGUCUGUGUGUGUCGUCCACUGGGCUGGUUCUGAGUGCUGAUUAGCAGGCCGUUGACUCAUUCUCUCUCUCGCAACCUGGUUCCACUCAGUAAGCCCUCGUUGAUUCCAGAAUCCUACCGAUUUUAUUGGUCUUCUUCUUUUCAACCCCAUCCCCCCCUAACUCUCCUGCUCACCCCGCUACUGGUCAAACACACACACACACACACACACACAACCUCUCUGCUAGUGUGUUUGCGGGCUGUCAGAGAGGCUUGAAUGGUAGAUUCACCCCCAGGAGACGUCAUGUCAGAUGGGACAAAGCCAUUGUGUUGUCAGCUCCUAUCACCCUCCAUCCUGGACAGUGAGAUAUCAUUCUGGCAAAUCUACACUAGAGAGAGAGAGAGGAAGUGGACGCAAAACGGAUGGGGAUUUGUUUACUCAUCCUGGAGCUAUGAAAGUAUGAAGAGCUCGAUCAAACAUGGAGGCUUCGGCGCAACACACGCACCUCUAUUGUUCACCACCUCCUGGAGAACCCCUGGUCCAGGCCCGCAGAACCCAGGGGAACCUUCUUCCCCUGUGCCCACGGAACACAAAACGUCACCAGCACCCCGUCUUUGUGACAGGCUGUUGUGUUUAUCUGAGGCAACCACACGUGCAUGGGAAAGGUCACACUGUCCAGGUAGCCACAAAGUCACUGUUGUGCUGUCACUGUCACUUCCUGUCAUCUGUGGAGCAGACUAGGUGCUGGUCGCUAAGGAUAACGGGUGCUGGGGUAGAUACUUGAGGGGAGCGGGGAUAGAUCACCGUAUCCAGGUUACAAUGCCAAAAGCAAGGUACUUGGAGUUGUGGAAGUGUUUUUUGAAAGUGUUUCUUUGAACUUUUGGCUAGUAUGCUUUUGGAGGAUUUGAUCACACCUUGAAUGCAAAAGAUCAUUUACGUAUUUUUGAAUACGACCUCCAAACUAACUCAUGUGAUGCAUGCACAUAUAUAUAUAUAUAUAUGUAUAUAUACAUAUAUAGAUAUAUAUAUAUAUAUGAAUAUAUAACUGUAACAUAAAAAUAGGCUUUAAUAGUAUUCCUUAGUUGUGAAUGCAGGUGUUUGUAAUGAAUCACUCUAAAUGCAGGGACUGAGCAGCUAAGCCUACUUGUUGAGAAACAGAGAGAGAGAGAGAGAGAAGAAGAGAAUGGGCAGGAUAGUGCGUCCUUGGCUUGUUGACACUGUACACUCGACUUGACAGCAAUUUAUUUGCACGGGAGUCCGAUACCAACUCAGUCCACACAGGCCGUCUCUCGCCGUAUGUUUCUGCAGACUCUCCCACAAACGAGCCCUGCCCUCCGGCCCACCGACCUCCAUUUAAAGUCAUAAGCAAGCGAGCGAUGCCUCUUUCCCGCCCAAUGCAUGCACUACAGGUGUCCGACAUUGUUGUUUACAAGAAUCAGAGUCACACCUGUUUUUUUUUUUACACCUGCAGCUAGCAAACUCCUCCCCACCACCAGGCUGCUAGCUCCAUCCACAAACUCCGGCAGUACCCCCCACACUCUGGGCUCCUGUACCCAGGGAGGGAUGGUGGGCAGCCUCCAGCGUUCUGCUCCUGCAUGGUCUUCCAAGCUGUUCCCAGCCAGGGGACACCGUCCUUGCCUCCUCACAGCAGGGCCACGCUAUAAUUAAUGACAGCCUGUUCGUAACAUGGCAGGCCCAUACUUACUCACACACAAACACACACACACACACAGACUCAUCAGGUGUGCAUGAUCAGCAGGCAUUUUGCCUGGUUAUUAACCUUACUAACAUUAUGGGGGUUUGCAACGUUUGUGUGGUAAUGUGGUGGAAACACUAAGCGGGUCUUAUGCAGCUUCCAUGACAACAAAAUAUAAAGAAACACUUCACUAAACAUUACUGUGGGACAAUUAGUCUUUUCUUUUUGCUAGUUAGGAGACUGGGCUUAGGCUAGAGUUGCAAUGGAGUGUUAUAAAAUAAAUGCUGUAGUUGGGCACGUCACAGCAUCCAGUGAAUCAGUUGUUACGUAACCUCUGUGCAAGACCCACUCCGGGAUCUAGGCAUGUUUUUUGUUUUGAGAGAAGAAAAGCCUAUCAUGAAUAGACAAGUUUGCUGGGAUAUGCAUGAGGCCGUUUGAAUAUGUAUCAUGCACAUCUGCACACGUAGCUACAGCGGAACACCGCUUGCAUGCUCUCUCCUCUGACGUCCUGCUUCAGUCUGCACAGAUCCACACUCCUAGGGCCAGAGAGGAGAGGCUGUUAUGAAAUGCUUCCCAGAGAUUAAAAAAAGAAAGCCACCAUAAUAUUCUAUGGACUGAACUCCUUCAUCCUGUAGCUUCGAGAUGGUGGAAUAAGAAAUGGCCGUGUGCGAGAAACAAGCAAUAUGUUCUGUUCUGCAAAGCAAUAAUGGACUAAGACCCUCAGCUGGGGGGGGGGGGGGGGGGGGGGGGUGAGCGGGAGGACGCCUGCCAAGCCCCUCAGAUCUGUACUUGUGUCAGUAUCUCUGGGUCUUCUAAACAAAACAAUGAUCUGGCCCACACUCCCCAGCAGACAGCUUGUUGACUGAGCCCUCCCUCUCCUCUCCUCCUCCUCCGCCCCCACCCCCGUUCCUCCUCCUCCCUCCCAUCGCUGGGUCUGAUGGAAUAACAGCAGGAGGAUGUGACAUCAUGGAAUUGGAAUUCGUUGAGAUCUCCAGCAUUUUAUCUUGACAUCAAGCUUCAUGAGGAUCCUCUGACUCCAGUCUAUCAAGUGAAAUCCAAUUUUGAAGAAACAAGCAAGGCCUUUGAAAAUAACUACUCAUCCUGCUAAAACAAGCUCACCAUGGGUAGCUAGUGUUAGUAAGGAGAGAUAAUGAAGGCUAGCUUUUCUAGCUGUGCUCGGCUGUUUGUAAAGUUCAACGCUGAGUGAGGCUGGUCUUGUAAUAUACCUGGACACACUGACAGGACAUGCUCCAUGGAGACUUCAGCUGGCAUUUUAGCCUAUGGCAUGCCACCAGGGACAAACAUUGCCUGGAGGCUGGCUCACAGCA